UUUCGAGCGAAUGUGGUGUUGAAUUUGUGAGUGCCUUAUCGACUGAAGGUAUUGCUUGACUUGACUUGACCGGUCUUCCUUCGACGACGAUGAUGAAGAAGAAGAUCAGAUUCGUGAUCCUCCAGUGUGCAAUCAAACCAGCAUGCCCAGCUUUCAUUUCCACCUUGGUCCCAUUCUCAUGUUCUUCAUCUCGCCGAACCCAUCCGCAACGCAUCACUCCCUCGCCUCGCCAUCAUCUUCCAAUCGUCCGAGUGGCGGCAGCAUGUCGUGGUUGAAGUUAUUUGCUGCAAGUGCAAGCGCCCUGAGCGCAGGUGCACGAGGUGCAAGUGCAAGAGGUGUUUCCGCAGCCGCCCAUUUUGGAUUGAUGUGAAGGGUUGGUUUGGUGGUUGAGUUGUUGUUUGGUUUGAGUUCUUGGUGGUUGAGUUGUGUUC